AUGGCACCUUUAGAAGAGGGGUCAAAAAUUGAAAAUAUAAAACAAAAUGAUACUUUUUCAAAUAAAUUUUCACAAACCCUGUCAUUCGAUAAUGAUCCUCUUUUAAUUAAUCAACCAACUAAUUUUAUCCUUCCUUCAGAAGACGCACAGAAAGCAAGCUCAUUGUCUAAUUCAAAUUUUGAGCCGGAAACUCAGACAAUGAUAAAUGAACUAGAAAAUCAUGUUGAUGAACUUUCCAAUAAUAAAGCUGACAUGCUUUAUUUGCCACAUAAAGUUUCAGAUACUUCAAAGGAAUCUCAAGAUGAAAUAAAUUACUCUUCAGAUGCUACUUCUGAUUAUUCCAGCGAAGAUAAUUUAUCAAUCGAAGGGUCAGAUAAUGAUGAUAUUGAUCAUGCAGAGGAAGAUCAUGAAAAGGCAUGGCGUGAUUUUGAUUGGUCUUCGACAUGUCAAACCCAGAACAGACGAGCAAUUGAUAGUAAAGUCUAUUCAAAUAGUUACACAAUUACUAGUAUAAAUAAUUUUAAAAGUUUUAGUCCUAAAAAAGUUCUAAGUUAUAAUUCUAGAAGAAUCUAUAAUCUAAACAUAAAUCUUAGUGGCGAUGAUUUAAAAAUUAAAAAGGAUGAAAAGUCUUACCAAAUUUUAAACGGUUCUGUCAAAACAUUUCAAGAAGAGAAAACGAAACUAAGUGUUAACACAUCUUUAUCAAUAAUUGAACAUAAUGGUUCUAUUAGUCAAGAAGAUGAAGAUCAAUUACCUAGUCCCGUAUCCUCCCUGGAUUCUUUUGAAACUUUUAAUACCUUUCCAGAUAAAAUGUUAGUUCGUGUAAAGUCAAUAGAGUUUAACCCACCACGACUAUAUGAUUCCAAAACUAGAACUUCAAUCCGCUUUGUCAUUCAUUCAGUGUCUCAUCAUACAAAGCCAAGUACAUCCAUCGAAGAACUUUCACAAAAAAUGAUUUGUUUUCCUUUUGAUUAUCAUUCAUAUGCGUUUGAUACAUUAAAAUUGGAUGUUUAUGGCUAUGGGUCUUUCUUAUAUACCAAGAAAAGACUAGGCCGAACAAAUAUUCGUUUAAAUACAUUUAAGCAAGCCAUAAGUAAUCAAGAGGAAUUUGAAGGAAAAUUUCCUUUAGAGGAUAAUGGAUAUUCAAAUACACGGGAAGUUGGUUCUAUUGUAUUAAAUAUUAAGUUCCAUUUUCCAAAUUUAUCACCUACAAAAUCUCAGCCAUCGAAUGUACAUCCCAAAGCCAUUUUUGACCGUGACAUUUUUAGCGGAAAAACGUCUUCCAGGAAUGUUCCAAUUAAUUUUGACGGUCUUAAUGAGCUAGAAAAUGCUAAUGCUGAUGACCUAGAAAAUGUUAUUGUGGUAUCAUAUCCAGAAACAAAACUGUCAGGCAUACUUGACCUAGUUCUAAGUAAAGAGACUAGAGAAGCGAUUAAAGAAAUUACCGUUCUUUAUCACACAUUUUUUGACAGUGGUUGGAGGCUGACCAAGUUGGAAUUCUUGAAAGCAUAUAUGUUGCUUGAAAAAUAUUAUCUUCAAAAGUCAAAUCCAGUGACUGGAAAUUUAAUUUAUGAUGUGGAAAAAAUACAAACAGCACAAAAAUAUUUGAAAUAUUCAAUGGCAUCAUAUGGUUCUUUCUUAUUUAAUUGGUUUGGAUAUGGUCACAACAUGGCUCCAUUAAAUGCUAUCCGUAUGAAUUCAGAUCGUAAGGCAGUUCAAGAUUUCUUUGGACUCGAAAAGAAUGAUAUAAUAUGCUGGGAAUAUGGUUUAAAUACUGUAUCUGUUCCAAAUUAUAUGGUGAUUCGAGAUCCAGAGACAAAUGCAAUUAUAAUAUCAAUUAGGGGUACUAUGAAUGUUGCCGACGUAAUAACUGAUGCUUUGGCACAUUAUGAACCGUGGAACGGGGGGUUUGUUCAUCGUGGGAUAUUUCGUAGCGCUCGAUAUCUCGUAAACCAUUCCCUGACUGAAAUUAAAGCAGCAGUGAAUAAAUUUAAUUCUAAUUCUAUUCGAGUGAUAGGACAUUCAUUGGGAGCAUCAGUAUCCGCAUUGGUGACAAUAUUCUUACAUGAACAAUGCAAAGAUUUACUUGAACAAGGAGUUGAUAUCCGUGCAUGGAAUUUUGCAACUGCACCUUGCUGCUCGCUUGAUAUCGCGUGUACUUCUGAAGCAUUGGGAUGUAUUGAUAAUUUUGUAAAUGAAAAUGAUAUAAUACCACGUUUAAGUUAUGGAAAUCUAAUGGAUUUUAAGGAAUUGGUAAAAUUCGCAGCUAGUGAAUUAAAAAAUGAAAAUUAUAAAAAGGAACAAUUUGCAAAAAUAAUAUCAUCUAUUGAUUCUUAUCGUACUUCCUUGAAAUCGAAAUCAUCAAAACGUAAACUUUAUAUUCCAGGAACUAUAUAUUAUCUAUACAAAGGACACGUUAGAUCACCUUUUUUGGAUUUUUAUACCAAAGAUAUAGUAUGUGAAAAAUCUAAACCGGAUUUAUUCACAGAUCUUAGUUUAAGAAGAAAUUGGUUAUUCCAUCAUUUUCCAGAUCGAUAUGACAAGAAAUUUAAACGUGUCCUAAAAUUUUUGUCAAGAAAAUCAAAUGAGGGUGGAGUUGAUAAAAUAAAACCAUGGAAGAAAUGGAAGAAACUUGAAGAACAUUUACCUAUAGAAGAAGAAGGAGGAAGAAUAGAACGAUGGAUGUCUAAGAGUGGACAUAUAUAG